AUGAAAGAAAUCAUGGCCCAAAAAGAGAAGCUUCAAUGCCUGAAGGACUUUCACAAGGACACGUUGAAACCCUCGCCGGGGAAAAGCCCAGGCACGCGGCCUGAAGACGAGGCCGAAGGCAAGGCUCCGCAGAGGGAGAAGUGGGCCAGCAAGCUUGACUUUGUCUUGUCUGUAGCCGGAGGCUUUGUCGGCUUAGGAAACGUCUGGCGCUUCCCUUACCUUUGUUAUAAGAAUGGCGGAGGUGCAUUCCUCAUCCCUUACUUCAUCUUCUUGUUUGGGGGAGGCCUGCCUGUCUUCUUCCUGGAAGUGGCACUGGGGCAGUACACCUCUGAAGGGGGUAUCACCUGCUGGGCCAAACUCUGCCCCAUCUUCACCGGUAUUGGCUAUGCCUCAAUUGUGAUUGUUUCCCUGCUGAAUAUCUACUACAUAGUAAUCUUGGCCUGGGGACUUUACUACCUAUUCCAGUGCUUUCAGCCGGAGCUUCCCUGGGCCAAAUGCAAGCAGCCCUGGAACACAGAACACUGUGUGGAGGACACUGUUAGAAAGAACAAGUCCCUUUGGCUUAUGGCCAAUGUUACCAACUUUACCUCCCCUGUGACAGAAUUCUGGGAACGCAAUGUCCUGAGCAUCUCCUCUGGGAUCGAAGACAUUGGGCCCCUCAAGUGGGAUCUGGCCCUUUGUUUGUUGGCAGUGUGGAUUAUCUGCUUCUUCUGUAUCUGGAAGGGAGUCAAGUCUACAGGAAAAGUCGUGUAUAUAACGGCGACGUUCCCAUUCGUGAUGCUGAUUGUGCUGCUUGUACGUGGAGUGACUCUGCCAGGUGCAUUAGAAGGCAUCAAAUUCUACCUUUACCCUGACUUGUCUCGCCUGCAGGACCCAGAGGUUUGGAUUGACGCGGGUACUCAGAUUUUCUUCUCCUACGCCAUUUGCUUGGGUGCUAUGACAUCACUUGGGAGCUACAACAAAUACAAGUACAACUGCUACAGGGACUGUUUGCUGCUGGGAGUCCUCAACAGCGGUACCAGCUUUGUGUCUGGCUUCGCAAUAUUUUCCGUCCUGGGCUUCAUGGCACAAGAACAAGGGGUGGACAUUGCCGAUGUGGCAGAGUCAGGUCCCGGCUUGGCCUUCAUCGCCUAUCCGAAAGCAGUGUCCAUGAUGCCACUGCCAACUUUCUGGGCUAUCCUCUUCUUUAUCAUGCUGCUGCUACUAGGUCUUGACAGCCAGUUUGUUGAAGUGGAAGGACAGAUCACAUCCUUAGUGGAUCUAUAUCCGUCCCUCCUCAGGAAGGGUUACCGGCGAGAGAUCUUCAUCGCCAUCAUAUGCUUCAUAAGCUAUCUCCUCGGACUUGCCAUGGUAACUAAGGGUGGCAUGUACGUGUUUCAACUCUUUGACUACUAUGCAGCCAGCGGUGUGUGCCUUUUGUGGGUUGCAUUCUUUGAAUGCAUUGCUGUAGCCUGGGUUUAUGGAGUUGAUAAUUUCUAUGAUGGCGUCGAGGAUAUGAUUGGCUACAGACCAAACCCGUGGAUGAAAUGGAGCUGGUCCUUCAUCACACCAGUCCUUUGCAUGGGCUGUUUUGUUUUCUCCCUGGUCAAGUAUAAGCCUUUGACCUACAACAAAGUGUACGAGUAUCCAGAAUGGGCCAUCGGCCUGGGCUGGUGCUUGGCCUUGGCCUCUAUGAUCUGCAUCCCAAUGGUGAUGGUCAUCAAGAUCUUGCAGUCUGAGGGGCCCCUGAUUGAACGGAUCAAAGCGGUGGCGGCCCCGGCCAAGUCAGGGGUGAGCUCGCGACCCGAAGAGCUGACGGCAAAGGACAGCGAGCUGACGGAACCCCUGGACCCCAACGGGAACAACGGCCUGAUCAAGUCCACCCACACCAUUGUAGAAACAACCAUGUGA